ACGGGACUGUUGUGCCGGCAUAGCCUAGCGCGCAUGUGCAGUUGACCCGGAUGUAGUUUCGUAUUCGGUGCAGAGUACACAUAUUACAAAGUAAACACAAUGUAAAAACAAUGAUUACGGAGUUAAAGCCGUUCCAAAUCUCCCUCGCGUGCCAUGUAACGACUCGUAUUAGUAUGUGGACGUCUCGCCUCAGGAGAAUUGGGCAAACAUGUUCUUCGAAAACGUGCAAUUUGGGUCUACGGUGAGAGAAAGCAAGUGGCUGGUUGCACGAAACCGUUACAGAUAACGUCGAGUAACCUCCAGCCAGAGGAAGGAUGGACCCUCGGGGCAGGAGGCACGAGCGGGGCAGCAACUGGACCGAUCAAGAGAUCGUGGAGCUUCUCCAGCUGUGGUCCGACGAGUCCAUCCAGAUAGAACUGGAGAGCUCAUUGCGCAACCAGCGUGUGUUUGACCGCAUCGCGCUCCUUCUGCGCGAAAAGGGCAUCUACCGCACAGGCGACCAGUGCAGGGAGAAGAUCAAAAAGAUGAAACUGGAGUACCGUCGCAUUAAGGACAACCACAAGCUGAGAUCUUGGAAAUUUUACGACGUGAUGGAUCGGGUCAUAGCCAACCGACCGGCUAUCACAUACUCCAGUAUGGGUGGAACAGUUGUUGCACAGCACGUUUUUCACAGCCCAGGUGGAUGUGACUCGUUCUUGCAGGGGAACUCCUCACUAGGUUCCUUUGGUCCAGCUUCUUCGGGUGGGUUUCUGUUUGGUCAGCCCCCUAAAACCGGAGACCCACUGGAUGUAAAAUGUGAGGCUGUUGAGGAAAGUCUGUUGAACACGGAUGUUGCACAACCAGAUAUGUAUUACAGAUCAGGAGAUGAACAGGAAACUGAUGGACAAUCUUUACUGGGAACAGAGGACACACUGGGUCAAGGAGACAAUUCUGCUCAUUCAAGAAUUUCACCUUCAGGUUUAACUGACCUGAACAUUGCUGCGUCUGCUUCCCAGUCAGACAAUGUUCCUGUGCCACAUGACCCAUCUAAGGAGGGCCUCCGUCCCCUGGCUGCGGUAAGACAGAGGAGGCGUCGUAGGGCAGGCAAAACCGCGUGUGGCCACGGAAGUGGCAAAUGUGGAAGCCAGGGGCCCCUCGACAAAGCUCUCGCCAGCUUCCUCAUGUGGCAGCGAUGCGCAGAAGAUCGCCUCCUCUCCCUGGAGGAGGCACGGCUAGAGAAAGAGUUGCAAGCUGAUGAACGGCGACAGCAGCAAGAAGAGAGGAGAGUGGAACAGGAGCGCCAGCAUGAGCUGCGCCUGUUCAGCAUGCUUACUGGGGCAUUAACCGCAGUCAGACAGGUUGCUGUGACCACAGGAUCAGCACCCAGUAACACUCCUGUCUCCCUGGUAGAUCAUCAGUCAACUUUACUGACAACAUCAACUGCCUCCUCAGUGCCAUCCUCAUCUCAGCCACAUGCUCAGCUUCCCCCUGCGCACACCGUUUCCACUAAGGGGACAAUAAAGUCGGGGCUGCCCCCAUCAGUCAAGGCCUGCACACCAUCUGAGAGUGCUCUGGCAACUGUGAGAGGUGCAAAGUCUACUGAGCCCAGCGUGUACCUGUCCAGCCGUGGUAACAGUAUUCGACAGCAUCAAGCCAUCCUCCAGGAAGGCUUUGCUCAGUAUGCAGCGAACAGAUAUGACGUGGACAACCCUAAUGGUGUCAUCAACAUGGGCACAAGCGAGAACAAGCUCUGCUAUGAUCUUCUUCAUAAAAGGUUGACCCAAUCUGACAUGCUACAUGUUGACCCAGCACUGUUGCAAUAUGGUGACUGGCGGGGACAUGCAUUCCUGAGAGAAGUGGUUGCCAAGUUUCUAACUCACUACUGCCGUUCUCCAAAGUCAUUGAAAGCUGACAAUAUUGUGGUGAUGAAUGGAUGUAGUGCCCUUUUCUCGUGCAUUUCAGCAGUCAUUUGUGACCCAAAAGAUGCCAUUCUCAUUCCUAGCCCUUUCUAUGGUGUUAUUGCUGAGGACCUGCAGUUGUACAGUGAUGUCAAGUUGUUUCAUGCCCCUCUUGACUGUGAGGAUAGUAACAAAGAUGGUCGACCUUUUCACCUCACCGUGAGCAAACUGGAAGAAGCUAUACAAAGGGCUAAGCAAGAGGGGGCGAACAUUCGGGCUAUUAUACUGAUGAACCCCCACAAUCCUCUUGCUGAGAUCUACAGCCCAAAGGAGAUGCUUUCCUUCUUGGAGUUUGCCAAAAGAAAUGAGCUCCAUGCCAUCGUAGAUGAAGUUUACAUGCUGACAGUGUUUGAUGAGUCAGUAACAUUUCAUAGUGUCCUCAGUCUGGAUAGCUUGCCUGACCCACAGAGGACACAUAUAAUGUGGGGGCUGAGCAAGGACUUUGCAAUGGCUGGAAACAGAUUAGGCACCCUGUAUACCGAGAACCGAGACCUUGUGGACGCUUUGGCCCAAUUGGGCUCAUUCCAUGGUAUCUCAGGGACAACUCAGCACCAGGUUGCACAACUUCUUCAGGACCGAGAGUGGAUAAGCAAAGAGUUUUUGCCUGAGAAUAGACGCAGAUUGAAAGCUGCUCACCGCUACCUGACAGAUGAGUUGCAGACAAUGGACAUUCACUACCUGGACAGGCCUGCUGCUUUGUAUGUGUGGGCUGACUUCAGGAAGUUUCUCAGACCCCCAUCAUUUGAGGAGGAGUUGUGUAUGUGGCGGUGCUUCCUCAAACACAAAGUGGUAUUGAGCUGUGGGCAAGCCUUCUCCUGCUCUACACCUGGCUGGUUUCGCAUCGUAUUUGCCAACCAGCAGCACCACCUUCAACUUGGACUGAAAAGAAUUAGAGAGGCCUUAAAAGAAAUCAAAGAAAGCAGUGCCAACAGGGAUUCCUACAUUGUCAAAGACGCCAGUGAAGAGAGGAGACCAGGGAAAGAGUACAGUGCACCUUCAGACAAUGCCACAAUUGAAAAUUCAACAUCACCCCCCCAAAGCAAGUCAGCAGACCAGCUGAAGGAGAAGGCGUGUUCUGUUCCUGACACAAGCGCGCUGGGCCCCGAUGAGUUUGUGUUGCUGGACUGCCAAGCCUCUCAGCCUGCAGAGACCCUUGACUCUCUGAUUGGUACGUUCAAGCAACAAAUCCGCUCCUCUGAUUGGCUGGAAAAAAACACGCCAGAGCAAUCUGCAGGGGAGGACCCAGAGAUUCUUGAUGUGUUUAAAGUCCUGUUGCAACGAGCCAGAAAGUAAGUUAUGGAUAAACAGGUGAAGAUGUGACUGCCAAAUUAGAGCGUGUAGCCCUUAAGAAUCCCUCGUCACUUUAUCUACAUGGCAAAAAAGAUGCACCCGACAGGAGGCGGUUGAUUUUUGACAGUCCUUUUUUGGAAAGUUCCCGCUGAGAAAAGGACAAGAAGAACAGGGAAGCUUUGAGACCAGACUUUAUAUCUGCAAUGAUGCCUUAUAGUUUAGUGUUGAUGGGAGACGGGUUUCGCAUUUUUUAAUUCAUCCAUAUUCAUGAUAUAUGUGUGCUAAAUUAAAUGCCAAAUGUAACUGAAUCAAAAUUAUUUAAUUAAUUAUGUGAAUGUUCCUUGUAUGCACUUUAUUAUACAUGUUUUACAUUAUUUAACAAUGUAUUGAUAAUCUUUGCAAUAUAGUUAUACAAUAUAUUUUAUGUACAAAAGUAUUAAAGUGGCACUAAGCAGGCCCAAAAAAUUGCAUGUAAAUUUGACACACCACAGAGAAGAGUCAUGUUAACAAACAUGCCAAAUUUGAAUGAAUUAAAAAAAAUCGCUUAGUGUAUAAAAUGUUUCAAAACUCAAAUAAUAAGGGCUACCUCUCAACUCUCAGACGCUGUGGGCGUGUCGAAUGGAUGCGCCAAAAGGAAUCAAACAUACUGAGGGGGUGAUAGCUUAUACAAUGUAAAAUCACAUUAGGAGUAUCAAUUUACCGACGAUACCAUGUUGUCUCUGGUGAAUGUACACAAAACUAUCCAUCAUAAAAUGAGCAAUGCAGAGUUGCGUUGAUGUUCAGCACGCCAUCCAUGUGUCUUCAAAAAGUGAAUCCAUCGCUUUGUUAUUCACUAGUAUCAAGUUACCCACAGAGUCAUGUUGUCUCUGUUGAUAGUUUACAAAACUGUCCAUCGUAAAAUGCGCACUGCAUAGUUGCGUUGAGGUUGAGCUCGCCAUCUGCGUGUCUUUAAAAAGCCCAUCAAUCACUUUAUUUCCUAAUUUUUGGGGAGCUUAAAAAAACGUCACCGAGCUGCUCUAUGAAUUUAGGUAUCCAGUGAAGACGCAUUUCUAGACUACAGGCUGGAGUGGUAAUUGGGGCUUGUUAUGGAAGCUAAGCACAGCUAACACUCAACUGAGCCGCCAAACGAAGCGACGUCACUUUGUCCUUGCAGUGGGGCAAAAAAGUAUUUAGGCAGUCACCAAUUGUGCAAGUUCUCCCACAAGAUGAGAGAGGCCUGUAAUUUUCAUCACCUAUGGGAGACAAAAUGAGAAAAAGAAAAUCCAGGAAAUCACAUUGUCUGAUUUUUAAAGAAAUUAUUAGCAAAUUAAAAUCACAUUGUCGUAUUUUUAAAUAAAUUAUUGGCAAAUUAUGGUGGAAAAUCAGUAUUUCAUCACUGACAAACAAGCAAGAUUUCUGGCUCUCACAAACCUGUAACUUCAUCUGUAAGAGGCUCCUUUGCCCUCCACUUGUUACCUGUCUUAAUGGCACGUGUUUGAACUCAUCAGUAUAAUAGACACCUGUCCACAACCUCAGUCACACUCCAAACUCCACUAUGGCCAAGACCAAAGAGCUGUCAAAGGACACCCGAAACAAAAUUGUCGACCUGCACCAGGCUGGGAAGACUGAAUCUGCAAUAAGUAUGCAGCUUGGUGUGAAUAAGUCAACUGUGGGAGCAAUUAUUAGAAAAUAGAAGACAUACAAAACCACUCAUAAGCUCCCUCGAUUUGGGGCUCCACCAAAAGCUCACCCCGUGAGUGAAUGACCUGCAGAGAGCUGGGACCAAAGUAACAAAGGCUACCAUCAGUAACACACUACACUGCCAGGGACUCAAAGUGCCAGAUGUGUCCCCCUGCUUAAACUAGUACAUGUCCAGGCCUGUCUGAAGUUUGCUAGAGAGGAUUUGGAUGAUCCAGAAGAGGAUUAGGAGAAUGUCAUAUGGUCAGAUGAAACCAAAAUAGAACUUUUUAGUAAAAACUCAAAUUGUCGUGUUUGGAGGAGAAAGAAUGCUGAGUUGCAUCCAAAGAACACCAUACCUUCUGUGAAGCAUGGGGGUGGAAACAUGCUUUGGGGCUGUUUUUCUGCAAAAGGACCAGGACGACUGAUCCGUGUAAAGGAAUGAAUGAAUGGGGCCAUCUAUCGUGAGAUUUUGAGUGAAAACCUCCUUCCAUCAGCAAGGGCAUUGAAGAUGAAACGUGGCUGGGUCUUUCAGCAUGACAAUGAUCCCAAACACACCGCCCGGGCAACGAAGGAGUGGCUUCGUAAGAAGCAUUUCAUGUCCUGGAGUGGCCUUGCCAGUCUCCAGAUGUCAACCCCAUAGAAAAUCUUUGGAGGCAGUUGAAAGUCUGUGUGGCCAAGCGAGAGCCCCAAAACAUCACUGCUCUAGAGGAGAUCUGCGUGGAGGAAUAGGCUAGAAUACCAGCAACAAUGUGUGAAAACCUUGUGAAGAUUUACAUAAAACAUUUGACCUCUGUCAUUGCCAACAAAGGGUCUAUAACAAAGUAUUGAGAUGAACUUUUGUUAUUGACCAAGUACUUAUUUUCCACCAUAAUUUGCUAAUAAUUUCUUAAGAAAUCAGACAAUGUGAUUUUCUGGAUUUUUUCCCCUCAUUUUGUCUCUCAUAGGUGAGAUAUACCUCUGAUGAAAAGUACAGGCCUCUCUCCUCUUUUUAAGUGGGAGAACUGACUAAAUACUUUUUUGCCCCACUGUAUAUAGUGGGGAAGGGAACUCGCACUAGAAACUAUAUGCUCCAGACCCGUGACGUCACAGGGAUGUGUUUUAGCCCCGCUCACAAAAUCAGGAAAAUUCAAACAAAGAUGCUUAAUCUAUAUCUCAACAAUUCAGCACUAUAUUGUUAUGUCUUUGCAUAUGUUUUCAGUACUUCAAACAUAUUUAAAAUUAUUUAGAAACAAAACACGGAUAUCUGCUUAGAUUCCCUUUAAGACACCUGCCAUCACCAUUCAGGAAGUGAAUGGAAGAGAGUAAGGACUUCGCCCCCUUUGCAGUUAUAACAGCUUCACUUUUCUGACUGAUGUUUGUGUCUAUGAAAAUAUUCAUUGACUCAUACGGAUCACUAAUGCAAGGUGAGGGGGCCUGACUGUUUCUGUUGCAGUUCUUCCCAAAACUGCUUGAUGAGCUAGAGGCCAGGGCUCUUUGGUUCUUUCACACCAAAGUCAUCCAAGCAUGAGUAGACAUUGCUUUGUGUACUGUGGCACAAUAAUCCCUGAACAGAAAAAAGACAUUCCCCGAACUUUUCAUAUAAUGUUGGAAAACAAAGAAUUGUCCAAAUAUCAUUUGAAAAGAAAAAAAU